CGCCGCGUCUAUCGUUACUGCGCCACCGUAUAGCUCGGUCCUACAACGACCGCAAUACCACGCGCUAAAUAAAUUGUGAAAGUGUUGCUUAUAAACCGUGAUUUCUCGAGUGAGAGUACAUUGCCGCGCCUAAGAACCAAGAAGACGCGACGCCUUCGCAACUACAUAACUAUAAGUGUCGGUGGGGGAAUUGUCUCGUGCAUUUGAGCGUGGAGAGGGGUUCAAUGGAAGCGAGGUUCGUGACCUGCCGGAGUUUCCAGCAGAUCAAGCCGCCUGAGAAGAGCCUAGCGCCGUCCCCGCCGACGGUGAAGGGGCUCCUAUCUCGUUUUGGGAGUCAGGCACAGGCUUUGUUCGCGCCAAAGAAACCCCGUUUCGGUUCGUCGGUAGCUAUCCACAAACUUCGCGAGACCAAGUGGUUUAAACAUGAUGAACAAAACAUACUGUGCGCCGUCCUCGAGACAGGAUUCAUCCUUGAGGUGCGAGCGGCGGACCCGCUGCCCCCGGACUCGGUCCUGUCUCCAGACUAUCACAUGUAUGCAGUCGCCAUGUGGAAGAAGGGUAAAGAAAAAACAAAGAACCCGGAACAGAUAGAUGUGUACACAGUGCAGCAAAAAGGUGUGAGAAAACGUGUCGUGAAGACAACACUAGGUGCCUUCUGGAAGAAAGACUCCGUGAUACGCAUCAACAAUGUGGACGACAAGCAGGAGACGCCGAACAGUGAAAAGGAUAUCAGAGCCAAGCUGGAUAUGGCAACUAAAUCAAGGUUCGAGAGGAACUGGCACAAUACCCUGCACUUCGUCCACUGGUGCAGAUAUGGAGAAACCCCGCAAGAGGCUCGCAUGAGACAGAUUAGCGAGUCGUUCAAGUGGGGUAACGUCGGCAUGAACAUGGGCGUAAUGCUCGUCAGUCAGAACUACGCCAGAGAGAAGGCCAAGUCGGUGUGAGUGUCGGCCGCCAGCGGAUCCCGCUCCGCUGGUAAAUACUCCUGCUACGCCUGCUUCUGGCCAACCCCCAAGAAAAUCGACAACGUCUAACUGAAUUUAGUUCUGGAACUUGGAAUAACUUGGAAUUUAGUUCGUUACUGGAUUGAAAGACUUUCAAUUUAGAAAAGAUCGUUACUAUCGGACUAUGUUUGGAUUUGAAAUUGCAUUUCUGAUUUAAAUUAGUAUUUAGUCACCGAAUUGAAUAGAUUUCGAUUCGGAAACACAUUUCUGGGUUGAAAAACCUUUCAGUUCGGAAUUAUAUUCCUGAAGAGAUCGGAUAAUUUAUAAAAAUGGGUUUUAUAUGUUUGAAUGUUCCUUCUUAUGAAUUUCAUUAAGUGUAUCCUUAUUGUUUCGUUGUCUAUCCUGCCAGUAUUUACUUCGACAACUUAGUAUUACUGUCUCUCUUUGGAUUUUCAUAAAUUCUAGGGGCAUCUUUCACAAACAUUUGUUUAUAUCGUUGGACCAAAUUCGAGUUACGACAAAAAUGAACAUUUAAAAUCGUGUUAUGAAUAUUUAAAAGUAUAAAAUGUAGAUUAGCGUAUUAGUAAACGUAGUUUUGAUUAAAUUUGUAUAAGCACCGCCUAAAUACAUAAAUUAAUUGUUUGAGAGGAUUUGUGAAAGUGGCCCUCUAUAGCUUUAAUUCGAAUUUAUACAAAGAAAAUAUGAGAAACAUUCCUGUUAAAGCAAAAAGACGCCCCUUGGCUCGUAUGUUAUAACUAUAUGCUAAUAUUAAACUUUUAAAUGUUUAAUCUUCGUAUCUUUUCGAGAGUGGCAUACCUAGUCUUAUGUAUGAGUUAAAUGUAUCACUCUUUCUGAUUUUAUAUAAGACUGUUUUAUUUUCCAAUUUGGAAUACGUUUUCGUUCAAAAUCGCUCAAUGUGAAUUGAAUUAGUCAAAAGAAGUAUUGUUACGUUGUUCAACCCUAUUGUUAGGGUUGCUACUUUUAAUGUAUUGUUUAAACUGUAUAGUUUAUGCGACCUAAUUAAUGUUAAUUGUGAUAGAUCGCCUCGACUCCGAGGUGCUGGGUCCCGAGCAGUGUUGCUCAGUGUUUCUGGUAAGAAAUGCUUUGUAACAGCUGUGUAGGAUCCCUGAUGAAGUGUGAUAGGUUCAGCUCCUAUCGCCCAGGCCUUAUUACCUGCCUACCCUCUGGGCGUCAGGCGUGAGUAUAUGUGACAUAAGUCGACUGUUGUGAGAGUUGUACUCGUGUAUGUUUAAACGUUCUAUUUAUAACGAAGCAUUUUUAUGAAUAAAUGAUUACUUUAUA